GUUGUGCGUUUGAAUCAAACUGGACUUUAUUUACAUGCUGCGAGAUUACGGAGUGCAGCCUAGGGUGUCAAAAGGACGAUUCCUCUAUCGAGCAUGCAUCCAGAGGGAAUCAGGAAGGUGUCUCUCGGACUACGAAGGUGAUUAGCCCCCAGGUUGGAGCCGCGUUGUUGCGAAGGGGCAGAUGGCAGAAAAACAGAUGAUGUUCCUCCUGUAGAUGUAUCAACAUCUAUCUCCUCCUCAUCAUCAUCAUCAGUCGCACAGAUAGACAGGUGGUGCUGGAGCUGCGUUGCGAGGUGCUGCUGCUGCGUUUGGUUUAUCUGCUGCUGCUGCUGCUGAUGCUGCUGGUUUGUGGGUGGGUUUGGUGCGUAGGUGCUGCCAGGUGUUGUAGCUGUUGUUUGCUGCUCCGCUGCCGCUGUUCGAAGCACACUGCUGUGAACCUGUUGACCACGGGCGUGGCGCUACAGUACUCGAACGACAAGAGGAGGAGGAGGUUGGGGGGUGAGACUAGAGUCCGUGAUUGGAUACGAACGAAAGUAGGCGGAGGCUCGAACACGACGAGCACCUAGCUACAGGAGGAGGAGGAGGAGGAGGGAGGAGGAAGGAGGACGAACGAGGAGCUCAUUCUUUUUUGCUGUCGCAGUAAGGAUGAGCGGGAACAACGAUGAAGGAGGAGGGGCAGCAGCAGCGAUAGCAGCUGAAGGGGCGGGCUCUGAGCCUGGUGGUGGUGAUGGUGGUGGUGGAGGGAGCUCUUCCUCGGCGACUUCUGAUGUUCAUGUCGCGUCCGUGUUGAAAGACCUGGAGUUGGGUGUGUGGGAAAUUCCCCUGGCGAACAUACGAUUUACGGAACACUGUAGGCAGCGUAGCCCUGCUGCUGUGACCGCGAUCGUGGCAAGCAUCACGGAAAUGGGUUGGAUGCCUACAGCUGUGCCGCAGGUGACGUUGCCCGAAGUCCAGAAGGGUCAGGUUAUGACCGCGGAACUGGCGGCCACGAUGACUGCCUAUGUGUUGGACGGUAACCACCGACUCUUGGCGGCGAAGGAAGUGUACGGUGGUGACUUGAAGAAGACCAUCAAAUGCGCAUGCUACCGUGACAUCACGUGCCCUUACACGAAGAAGAUUGUCUCGGACGCCUGCAACCAAUGCUCCGAAACGCACGCCAAGCGCACGACGUAUGACCAGGUAUUCUUCUUCGGCACCAUGAUACAGGAUGUUCUCGACGAGCAGAACAGGUCACGACCCAGACACAAGAUGAAGAAAACAGUCACUGCAAAGGACUUGAAGGCGUGCUGGGCCAAGGUACCAGGCGUUACGCCGAGCACCCAGACGCUACGCAACCACCUCUUGAUCUCCGCCAAUUUUAGCACUCAAGCUAUGGCGUCUUUGAAGGCCAUGACCGAGCAAAAGCUGGCGGGUCAUGAACGCAUCUCGCAGACCUUCCUCAAGACCAAGGAGUUCACCAGUCUCUCCGAGAAGCCUGGCGAACAAGCAAUGUACAUUGAGGUCUUCGCCCGGUGCCCUAAAGGUAACGACGGAAAGAUAGACAAGGCCGCCGCCUUAGCUCAAGCAAGUGCGGCAACGUCUUGGAUCGCGGGCGUCGAGAGCAUCGUGCCUGCGCAUCUGUGGACGGUACCGCUCAAGGAGCUGGUUAACAACCUUGCUUUUGCAAAGCCCGGACACUACGCCAACUACCUCAAGCCCCACUUGUCGCAACUUGAGAGGGAUAUCAAGGCGCUGGAAUCAAAACUUCCUGCACACGCUCCCGCCCUGUCCGGUACCGAAAGAGAGGUGCUCCUGACCAAUCCAGGGAAGCAGCUUAGAACGGUUCUGAGCAAAGACCCCGGCCUGAGGGAGUAUCUUGUGGAGUACGACAAGAAACACGGUGCUGUGCUGAACGACGUCAACCUACGCCAUCUACAGAUGGUUCCUCCUCGUGACAAGGGCUCGGAGGGCAAAGACGACGACGACGACGACGACGACGACCAACAACCCGGCAAGGAACGCCGACGGGAGGGCGACGACGACGACGGCGAGGAGCAACGCAGCAAACAGCGCCGGCGGAAGGGGGACGACAGUGUGGGAAAGGAUAACCCCGUUUUGUGUGGUCAUUGCAAACCACCGGCAACAUCAGGGUAUUACUGCCCGAAGUGCAAGAUUGUCCAUUGCGGGGGCUGUGCAUUGACCGUUAUUCCGACGGAAAACGAGAUGCAGAAGACGCGCCCUUGCAAGGACUGUCGGGCAACGGCGGCUGCGGGCGGCAAGCAGGCGGCUUCCAAGCGUCGGCAAUCCCAAGACGACGACGACGACGACGACGACGACGGCGCGGCAUCUCGCACCGGGCAGGGGAGUGCAAGCAGGCGGCUUCCAAGCGGGAGAGCGAAAAAAAAGGGGAAGGCGGGUGACUCUCCGAAGAAGAACGCCGUCAACCCGCUACCUUCUUCGCGAGGCGCAGAGAAUGACGUUAAGGUCGCACGCAGGAUUGCGAGCACCUGCAUCCACGAGUCCACUCCACUGAGUUCUGGCUUCAGUGACCAAGACGUCGGGGUGCUGAAGCUAGAGAACGGUCUAGCGAAGCUGAUAUUUGUCCCCCUCGGUCUCCACGACCAUCUGCUCCAGGAAAACCCGUCAGCCCAGGUGCACAUGAAAGGGCUCCUGUAUCACGUCUGCAAAGAACUGUUGCACCCGGAGGGAACAGUUCUGGUGUCCUUGCCUGUCCCCAUCUACAAGCACCACCGCUGCAUCGUGGAACACCUACAGCAGCCCGGACUAGGGAUGGUCGUCGAGGACCACGGGUUGGUUGUCGAAUACGGCUCCCGGGGAGGCGGGCUGACCGCUGAAAGCAAGAAGAAGUUCAUCGGCGGCGCACUCGACCACUACAUCGUGGCUCACCACAACGCCAGCGGUGACGGUGGUGGCAUGAACUUCACCUGCAACGACACCGUAACGCCGCAGAGCUUUACAGGCAAACUUUCGGCAGGAUCGAGCGAUGGAAGUACGUGGAGUACCGCCAGCGGCAGGCGUAUCCCUUCGCCACUCAUGGGUGACGUACCUCACAAGGGGGUUACCCGAGGAUACCAUGACAAUGUCGUACAGUUCGCAAUACAGCGUUGGACCAAGGCGGGAGACACAGUGGUGUCCAUGCACGCGGAGUCGGAUGGCGUAGUCGAAGGUGCGCUAAACCUGGGGAGGAAGGUAGAGGCCUUUCUCGUCGCGUCGGAGCAUCAUGGUGCCGUCACCACCCGCGUCGAGGAAGCAUGGGAGGGUGCAUGGAGGAAGGGACUCUUUACUGACGACGGUGACGCGUCGGAGAUCACGUACAUCUCACACGGCUCUCUACCGGAUGGCAUCCCCGAGAUCACCACGCCUCAUCGCAUUCUCGCAGACGUCAACACCAGGACCAACAACUUGCGCGAAGGCGGCCGCGUAGAUGGUACUACUCCUGACGAGCGGGCUCUUCUGGGAGCUGCCCAAGCAAUUGCAGAACAAAUGGGGUGGGCCAUCAAGGUUAACCCCGUCGACGACUUGCCCUACUUGUGCGCUAGGAACAAGACAUCGUACCGGACUGCCCAUAACGACAUUCCCGUUUGGGGCAAGACAGUCGUGUACGAUUCCCACCGGCAGGCGCUCGACUCGCUCAACGUUGGAAACCACAGCACGGACCUUCAGUUCGUGCGCCUCGUCCGCGUGGCGGACAACGAACUACUCAAGAAAAUGUGCCCCAAGAACCAGGUUGUAAAGCACUCGGAGGCCGGGCUCUACCUGCGCGUCGCGGAGUCGUGCCCAGCGUACUACGCCUGCUGCGAACAAGGCAAGGACAAGAGCAGCACGCACCACGAGAUCUCCAGCUACCUUCAACGGACGGACAACCGCGAGACGCUGAUCGGCGCCUUCAAUGACGGCGUUCCCGGAUAUCCCGCGCCAGUAAGGCUCGUUGUAACCGGACGAAUCGCCGCAUCCAACCCGGGAGUUGCCGUUUACGUUGAGCCUGGUGUGAGUGUGAUCUGCCCCCGGACGUCUGACCCAAGUAGUUCGUCAGGCCAGGGGUCACCGCAAGGGUCGGACGCAGGAGAAGAAAAUGUGGGAAGUGACGUCUCUGGGCAUGUUGACUAAAUAAAUAAUCCUUCGUCACGGUUUUGCAAAUAAAGGUUUCCUGUGUCAAACCAUGAUUGCUCAGAGUGGUGCCCGUUUUU